CGCAACGAGUACUUCUUCGACCGCAACCGGCCCAGCUUCGACGGGAUCCUCUACUUCUACCAGUCCGGGGGCAAACUCCGCCGUCCCGUCAACGUCUCCAUCGACGUCUUCGCCGACGAGAUCCGCUUCUACCAGCUGGGCGAGGAGGCUAUGGAGCGCUUCCGGGAGGACGAGGGGUUCAUCAAAGAGGAGGAGAAGCCCCUGCCCCGCAAUGAGUUCCAGCGCCAGGUCUGGCUUAUCUUUGAGUACCCCGAGAGCUCUGGCUCAGCCCGGGCCAUCGCCAUCGUCUCCGUGCUGGUCAUCCUCAUCUCCAUCAUCACCUUCUGCCUGGAGACCCUGCCAGAAUUCAGGGACGAGAGGGAGAUGCCUGUGCCCCUGCCCCCACAAAGCGGAGGUUUGAAUGGCACGACCGGAGACUCCCCACCCAUGCAGCCGCCCACUAGCCUCUCCGACCCCUUCUUCAUCAUCGAGACCACCUGCGUGAUCUGGUUCACCUUUGAGCUCCUCGUCC